AUGCUUCUGGAGGAGCUGCUCCGGUGCCAGAUCCACGAGUGGUACCCCGUGUUCCGCCGCCACACCGUCCCCACCCCCGAGGACGAGGACGAGGCCGAGCCGCUCCCCUUCUUCCUCCCGGCCAUCACCUCCGGCCGCAGCGCGUUCCCUCCCGCCCACGCCCACCACCCCGACCCGGUCUCCCUCCUCGACCGCGACAACUCCGACCUCUUCUUCGGCUCCGCCGACGGCGACGACAGCGAUGGUGGCAGCCCGCUCAGGCCCGCCUUCCCGGACCUCGAGGCCGCGGUCGACUCCGCCAUCGCGGAGCUCGGCGGCGCCGCGCUCCCCAAGCUCAACUGGAGCGCGCCCAAGGACGCCGCCUUCAUGUCCGCCGAAGGCACCAUCCGCUGCACCUGUUUCGCUGAGGUCGCCAUGCUUCUCCGCUCCUCGGACUGCGUGGCCCACGACCUCGCCUGUGCGCGCCCCUCCUGCAAGGACUUUGCGCCACCAGCAGGUGUUCGACGGAAUGCCGCUGCUGGUGCUCGACCGAAUGCCGACAAGAAUACCACGAACGGCACUGAAGAGCAAACUGCUCAGCACAAAGCCCUAGAGACUAGUGGUACGGGUGCUCCACCGAGUGGUGGAGAGAGCAGCAAUGAUGCAUGUUCUCUGAGUGAUUACAAGGAGACUGCUGAUAUGGAAGGGAACCAAAGUGCUGCGGGAGGUGAAGAGGAUGUUGAGCAAGAAAGUAACUGGACUUGGGUGGAUGAUGGGUUUCAGUACUAUCUAGCACUCCGAAAGUGGUACCCAGGCCUCCGGCCUGAAUCAGAGUUCCGAUGCUUUGUGUGGCAGAAGAGGCUGGUCGCUGUGUCCCAGAGAGAUCCAUCGGCCUACUACCCAUCACUGCCUGGGUGGAGUGCUGAGGUGCAGCCAAAGAUCGAGGCUUUCUUUGAACAAGUAAUCGAGCCACAAUUUGCUUCAGACAAUUAUACAUUUGAUGUAUAUGUGAGGGCAGAUGGGCGGGUGAAGCUGAUUGAUUUCAAUCCAUGGGGUGGGUAUACCUUGCCAUUGUUGUUUACAUGGGAGGAGCUUGAGCAGAUGGGGAGAGAGGAGCUGGAGUUUAGAGUGGUUAUGCACCAUGGUGCUGUGAGGCCAGGAUUAAUGACAGCAGUGCCAUAUGACAUGCUGGAUUGGGGGGAGGGCAGUGGCUGGGAUGUGUUCCUGAAGAAGGCUGAUGACGAGCUCAACAAACAAAUGGCUUCAUUAGGUGCUGAUUCGUAA